CUGGAUUGGCCCCUCAUCUCUCACUCCCUCUCCGCUGAGUUCCGCCUCGCAGCGCAUUUAAGUCCUGCAGCGUUUCCUCCAACUUCUGCUCCCAGACCACAGGAGGACCCUCUGCCACCAUGUCUGACCGGGGAACCUUCGACACCAACGUGGUCACCAUGACCCGCUUCGUGAUGGAGGAGGGCAGGAAGGCGAAGGGCACGGGGGAAAUGACCACGCUGCUCAACUCGCUGGGCACGGCGGUGAAGGCCAUCUCCAGCGCUGUGCGCAAAGCUGGGAUCGCCCAUCUUUAUGGCAUCGCAGGCAACAUCAAUGUGACGGGUGAUCAGGUGAAGAAGCUGGACAUUUUGUCCAAUGACCUCGUCAUUAACAUGCUCAAGUCAUCUUUUACCUCCUGCGUUUUGGUCUCUGAAGAGAACGAAAAGGUUAUCAUUGUGGACUCAGAACAACGGGGAAAAUACAUCGUUUGCUUUGAUCCUCUGGAUGGCUCCUCCAACAUCGACUGUCUCGUCUCCAUUGGAACUAUAUUUGCCAUUUAUAAAAAGACCACAGAUGAUGAGCCGUGCGAGAAGGACGCUCUACAGCCAGGCAGAGACCUGGUGGCGGCGGGCUACGCCCUCUACGGAAGCGCCACCAUGAUCGUGCUCUCCACCGGCCAGGGAGUCAACUGCUUCAUGCUCGACCCAGCCAUAGGUGAAUUCAUUCUUGUUGAGCGAGACGUGAAGAUGAAGAAACGGGGAAAGAUUUAUAGUCUGAACGAAGGUUAUGCAAAGUAUUUCGAGCCUGCUGUCACAGAGUACCUGCAGAGGAAGAAGUUCCCUGAGGAUGGCAGUGAGCCCUACGGAUCGCGUUACAUUGGAUCUAUGGUGGCAGACGUCCACCGAACGCUGAUGUAUGGAGGAAUCUUUUUAUACCCUGGAAAUGUGAAAAGCCCCAAGGGAAAGCUCCGGCUGCUGUAUGAGUGCAACCCCAUGGCUUUCAUCAUAGAGCAAGCGGGCGGCAUGGCCUCCACAGGCUUUGAGAACAUCUUGGACAUCCAGCCUGAAAGCAUUCAUCAGCGCGCUCCCGUGGCAAUGGGCUCACCCGACGACGUCCUGGAGUACAUCGCCAUCUGCAAGAAGCACGCAAAGAAGUGAGGUGGCGCUGACUCGCUUUCCAAGCGAAGAAACCCUUGGUGCUUUUCAGGAGCUGAGGAGUAAAUGAAAUGGUUGGAGUGUAAACGUGUUUUAGAAGGAUUGUUGUGACCAAAACAUUAAGACCAAAACAUUUUUUGGGUGAAAACGGGUUUUAGUGAUUGCAGUAAAACUCAUGAUGUUUGAGUAGUUCAUAAGCUGACAUUAUCCAUAAGCUUCAGUGGAAUGCAGUUUAGAAAAAUAAGCAAAGAUCAAUAUUGUGCCAAAAACAGACACAAAUACACUUGCGUAAACCUAACAUGAAGACUUACCUCUUCAGUUUACUUAUAACUGUACGUUAAUUAGCUAAAAUAUGCAUUAUUCAAUUCAAUUCAAAGAUACUUUAUUGAGGGGAAAUUAGAAUUCCAGUACAACCCAUCCAAACAUACAUCAUGACACAAGACAAGGGAGACGGGUCACCGAGGCUUUGCUGCCCACUCAUAUGCAUAUUACCACAUAUAAUGUAUGUGCCAAAACGGGAUGCUUUUAUGUGAAAUAACUGUUUGGAAAAAGGAUUAUAAAUAAACCAAAAUGAUUUUAUGAAAAUGUAA